UUGCGGAGGCCUUGAAUGUUCAGGGGAAAAUGCGCAUCUUGGACACGUCUUGGUAUUUGCCCAAAUUGCGGCGGAACGCCAAGAGCGAGUUCAAGAAAAGGCACAUCCCGGGCGCAGCUUUCUUUGACAUAGACCAAUGUUGUGAUAAAACUUCUCCUCUGGACCACAUGCUCCCGUCAGAGAAGACGUUUGCAGAUUAUGUCGGAAAUUUGGGAAUAGAGUGCGACACGCACGUCGUGGUGUACGACGCCAGCGAGUUCGGCGCGUUCUCGGCGCCCCGUGUGUGGUGGAUGUUCCGGGUGUUCGGGCACAGCGCGGUCUCGUUGCUCAACGGGGGGCUCGGGAACUGGGAGCUGGAGGGUCGACCGAUGAGUGACCAGUACGCCAGACCAACACCGACCGAGUUUAAGGCCUCGCUGAACCGUUCCUGGAUCAAAACCUAUGAGGAUAUCCUGGAUAACCUGGACACCAAAAAGUUCCAGGUGGUGGACGCUAGGCCCCCGGGCAGGUUCAAAGGACUGGAUCCGGAACCCAGAGACAACACAGAGCCAGGCCAUAUCCCUGGCUCCAUCAGCGUGCCCUUUAACUCCUUCCUGUCCCCGUCGGGUCACUUCCUGCCCAAGGAGCAACUCCAAGGUCUCUUUGCCCGGGCUGGCGUGGACCUCAACCGCCCUAUUUGUGUCUUGUGUGGCUCAGCCGUGACUGCUUGCCACGUGGCGCUGGCGGCCCACGAGUGCGGGCACCCAGGGGUGUCUGUGUACGACGGUGGAUGGUCGGAGUGGUACACCCGUGCUGUGCCUGAGCACGUCAUAUCUGAAGGACGGGGGAAACAUGUGUGAUUGGGUCACAGGAGGUGUGGUUGAUGGGUUAAGACUAGAUCAGACUUGUACUGGAUGACGAGAAAAGAAGGACAUUCUUCGUUUGUUGUUGGGUGAAGUGUGCCAAGGUUUAAAGUAGUUUGACAUUUUGGGAAAUACUUCCUGAUUAUACUGCUUAUUUGUUUUCUUGGCAUCCAUACCACUUGGCAUCCAUACCAAUUGGAUAGUCAAUCUUCACAUUUAAUUCGCCGCAAGUACGCUAAUAAGUAAAUUCUCUACUCUUCUUUUAACAUCAACAAUGUGUAAUCCAAACAUACGUCACUAAGGGACAUUCCUUUCGUUCCAAACACAUUAAUAGAUGACUUGAACCAGCAAUAUGGGAACACUAAACUUGACCUUUUAAUCAGUUUUGAACUUGAAAAAGUGUUUGUUUACAGCUGUAAUGCUUGUGUUGGAAUAAAAUAGCUACACUGUGAAUCACAA